AUGGCGGCCUCCACCGCGGCCGGGAAGCAGAGAAUUCCCAAAGUGGCCAAGGUGAAAAACAAAGCCCCAGCUGAGGUACAGAUCACUGCGGAACAGCUUUUAAGAGAAGCUAAAGAAAGAGAACUUGAGCUUCUUCCACCUCCACCUCAACAGAAGAUCACAGAUGAAGAAGAGUUAAAUGAUUACAAACUAAGGAAAAGGAAGACUUUUGAAGAUAACAUAAGAAAAAACAGGACUGUAAUUAGUAACUGGAUAAAAUACGCACAAUGGGAAGAGAGUCUAAAGGAGAUUCAAAGGGCUCGAUCCAUAUACGAACGUGCUUUAGAUGUGGACUAUCGAAAUAUUACACUCUGGCUGAAAUAUGCGGAAAUGGAAAUGAAGAAUCGCCAGGUAAACCAUGCCCGAAAUAUCUGGGACCGGGCCAUAACAACUCUGCCCCGAGUCAACCAGUUCUGGUACAAAUACACGUACAUGGAGGAGAUGCUGGGAAAUGUGGCUGGUGCCCGGCAGGUGUUUGAACGCUGGAUGGAAUGGCAGCCGGAGGAGCAAGCCUGGCACUCCUACAUCAACUUUGAGCUGCGAUACAAAGAAGUGGAUCGGGCCCGCACCAUUUAUGAAAGAUAUAUCCUUUGGAUGAGAUCUGAGUGA